AUGGGAAUCACAAUCUUGGACCAUGCAAAGAACCCCGUUGAGCACGGAAGAAUUCGUCUACCGACGGGUGUUCGAAUCCAUUACUACACCGCGGGAAGCGGUCCAGCAUUGCUGCUUCAGCAUGGGAUCCCCAAGACCAGCUACUACUGGCGAAAGGUCAUUCCAUAUCUGACAUCAUCCUUCACCGUGGUCGUACCAGACUUGCGCGGAGUCGGUGACAGCAGCCACCCGGAUGGUGGUUACGACAUGGGCACGGUGGCGGAGGACCUCGCCGAGCUAAUGACUGCGCUGGGUCAUCGGACUUUCCACCUUGCCGGUGAGGACUGGGGAGCAGCCGCUGCGUACCAAGUGGCCGUGCGCCAUCCCCACCGAGUGCUAAGUCUUAUCUUCCAGGAGAUGCUCCUUCCCGGCUUCGGACUUGAGGACUGGGCUCAAUUCCGCUCGGAUAGCCCCGAAACACAUCUAUGGCACGUCAGCUUCUACUAUGUCCGUGACGUGCCGGAGAUGCUGCUCAUGGGGCGAGAGCGCGAGUACUUCACAUGGUUCAUCAAGAAUGAAGCAUACGAUCCGACCAACAUCGACGACGAUGCGAUCGACGAGUACGUGAACAAGUACUCUCAGCCCGGCGGCGUUCGGAGCAUGUGCAACAUCUACCGCGCGACAGAAACAAAUGUUCGGCAGAACAACGAGGCAGCGCAGACUAAAUUGGCCAUGCCGGUGCUGGCCGUCGGAGCGCGGAGCUUUAUCGGCGCUGAGGUGAAAAAGCAGAUGGAGCGAGUGGCGGAGAACGUGACCUACGCAGAAUUCCACUAUGGCCAUCAGCUGGCUGAAGAAUGUCCCGAAAUACUCAGUCAGCGAUAUCUGAUAUUUCUUCAGGCGCUCUAG